AGCAGAUUUAACUGAUUAUGGCUGAAUAAAUUUACUUUAGUUGAUAACUGUUUCCCUUUAUCACAACUGAGGGAAUAUUUUUUCAACAUUAACUCGUCUUGGAAAAAUUACCUUUCUAUUGAUUUGAAAACAAAGGAAGCAGUACUCAACAGAAAAUAAGCUGGCUUUAUAAAUGACGUAGAAUCUCAACAAUACAGAAGGUAUAAGGAGGCAAGAAACAAGUCCUGAUCAGAAGCAAGAAACCCUCAAGGGAACCAUGCGUGAUGUUGCUUUCCAUCUGCCUUUUUUUUUUGGGAGCAUAUCCCGUGUAGAUGCAGAUGAAUUCCUCCGGCUGGGAGAUAUGUCUGAUGGACUCUUCCUGUUACGUGUGUGUUUGCGUAACCUUGGAGGUUACGUCCUAUCGGUCGUCUUUGAUCAAAAAAUCCACCAUUACACAAUUGAACGGCAGUUGAAUGGGACAUAUGCCAUUCCUAACGGGAAGCCUCACUGUGGGCCUGAGGAGCUCUGCGAAUAUUACUCAAAGGAUGCAGAUGGACUAUGCUUUGUACUUCGCAAACCUUGCCUUCGACCCCCUGGCGUCGACCCCAAACCCGGAGUAUUUGACAGCAUUAGAGAAAAUAUGUUACGGGAGUAUGCUCGCCAAACCUGGAGCCUGGAGGGCGAGGUGCUGGAACAAGCAAUUAUCAGCCAAGCUCCACAGUUGCAGAAACUGAUUGCAACCACAGCACAUGAGAAGAUGGGUUGGUAUCAUGGCAUGGCCAACCGUGAAGAGGCAGAGCGCCGUCUCUACUCUGGGGCGCAACCUGAUGGGAAAUUCUUGCUCAGACAACGUGAAGAAUCUGGAACGUAUGCUCUCUCUCUGCUCUAUGGGAAAACAUCCUACCAUUACAGAAUAGAUUUGGAUAAAUCCGGAAAAUUUUCCAUUCCCGAUGGAUCGAAAUUUGAUACUCUUUGGCAGCUGGUUGAAUAUCUAAAGCUUAAGUCCGAUGGAGUGAUAACUGUGCUACGUGAAUCCUGCAGUAACCCUAACCAACCUGCUGAUCCAGUAAAACCUCCAUCACUUCCUAGGAAUAGACUUGGUGCUGCCAGUCUUACCUGCAACCUUGAUGGAUAUACACCGGAUCCAAUUCAAGGCCGCCGAACCCUUCCUAUGGAUACAGAAUCAUAUGUCAGCCCUUACAGCGACCCUGAAGAGUUAAAAGACAAGAAGUUGUACCUGAAGCGAGAAUGCCUGAUGAUUGAUGAAGUGGAGCUGGGAUCUGGCAACUUUGGCUGUGUUAAAAAAGGGGUGUAUAAGAUGAGGAAGAAGCAGAUUGACGUUGCUAUCAAAGUGCUGAAAAAUGACAAUGAAAAAUCACUGAAGGAUGAGCUAAUGAAAGAAGCUGAAUUCAUGCAGAAACUGGACAACCCCUACAUUGUGCGAAUAAUUGGAGUGUGUCAAGCAGAACAUCUGAUGUUGGUGAUGGAGAUGGCUGCAGGAGGACCACUUAACAAAUUUCUGUCCGGCAAAAAAGAUCAGAUUUCUAUCGAGACUGUUAUUGAACUUCUCCACCAAGUUUCUAUUGGAAUGAAAUACCUGGAGGAAAAUAACUUUGUGCACAGGGAUCUUGCAGCCCGGAAUGUACUAUUGGUCAAUCAGCAUUAUGCCAAGAUUAGUGAUUUUGGAUUGUCUAAAGCAAUUGGUGCCGAUGACAGCUACUACAAGGCUCGGACGGCUGGGAAAUGGCCAGUGAAGUGGUAUGCACCUGAAUGUAUAAAUUUCCGGAAAUUUUCUAGCAAGGCUGAUGUCUGGAGCUUUGGUGUGACGAUGUGGGAAGCAUUGACAUUUGGACAAAAGCCAUAUAAGAAAAUGAAAGGCCCAGAAGUUGUUAGUUUCAUUGAAGAAGGAGGUCGCUUGGAUCGUCCUGCUGAAUGUCCAGAUGAAAUGUAUGCUCUUAUGCAGGACUGCUGGAUUUACAAGGUGGAGAAUCGCCCCGGAUUUGAGCUGGUUGAGAGCAGAAUGCGUGACUACCACUAUAAAAUAACACAGAAGCCAGUACCAGUUUGAUAUCAUACUUGCGGUGAUGUUAUACUGACAAGCAUCGGGUUUGAUUUGCUUGUUGGCAUUUUGCUGCACGUGCCAUCUUAGAGUGUUCAUGUCGUCAGUAGUUAUGGAAGCUUAACGAAGCUGAAAUUUUAGCAUUCCUGAUCAAUCAUGCAAUCUGACUUUAAAUAUAAUAAUUUACAUUAAAAAAAUAAUUUAACUUUACCCUGGUUAUUAAACUGAAAUUAAAUUGAGCCUCUGUGGCUUUUCUAUGACAGUAGUGUAAACAUAGU